AUGGUGGAAUUUGUCAGCUUGGCGCGGAAAACCACUGGUGGGAGCGGCAAAGAAGACAACAGCCUCAGCUGUAAGGGACUGAUCGGUCAUGAGCUCCUCGGCAGCUCAAGUCCUGCUUCUCAUCGGCGGUGCACGAGCCGUACCGGAACGUUUGGACUUUACAAGGCCCAGGACCAAUAUCUGAUCAUGAACCCGGAUAAAUAUAAAGUCACCCUCAAACCCAGUCCCGCUGACCCGAACAAUCUGAAAGAUGUCGACAUUGAGGGGACGGGUGCCGCGGUGCAGUCGGCGGCGUCGCUGAUCCAGCGCACUCUGGCGGAUAAGCUGAACAACCCUGGGGGCAGCCGGCCGGGGGCGGGCGCGGCGUCGCCCUUCUUCAAGACGAGGAUGUGCGAGAAGUUCAUGCAGGGGGCGUGCACAUUCGGGGACAAUAGUUCUCAGCCGCUUGGCAGCACAGCUGAUUCUCUGCAGCGCCGGCUGCAUCAUGCCUUCAAAGGUCAGCUGCAGGAACAGAAUUCUGCAAGCAACUAG